AUGCUUCGUGUACCGCUAAACCAGGGGCUCAGGGCCUCGUUCAGGCCCCUGGUGCAGACUGCGCUUCCCCUGCGCACUGCCGCAUGCCUACAGCAACAGAAACAGCAGGCGAAGCCCGAAAAAAUCGAGGUCUUCAUUGACGACCGGCCCGUGCUCGUCGAUCCCGGUACCACGGUGCUCCAAGCUGCCGCGAUGGUGGGGGUCGAGAUCCCGCGUUUCUGCUACCACGAGCGGCUGUCCGUAGCGGGCAACUGCCGCAUGUGCCUCGUGGAAGUGGAGAAGUCCCCUAAGCCGGUGGCCGCGUGCGCCAUGCCCGUGAUGAAGGGCUGGCGAGUGCGCACCGACUCGCCCAUGACACGCAAGGCCCGCGAGGGGGUCAUGGAGUUCUUGUUGAUGAACCACCCGCUGGACUGCCCCAUCUGCGACCAGGGCGGCGAGUGCGACCUGCAGGACCAGUCCAUGGCCUUCGGCAGUGACCGGAGCCGCUUUACCGACGUGCAAUAUUCGGGCAAGCGCGCCGUCGAGGACAAGGACGUCGGACCGCUGGUCAAGACCAUCAUGACCCGCUGCAUCCAGUGCACGCGCUGCAUACGCUUCGCCAGCGAGGUGGCCGGCGUCGACGAUCUCGGCACCACGGGCCGUGGAAACGACAUGCAGGUUGGCACCUAUGUGGAGAAGAUGUUCAUGUCAGAGCUGUCGGGCAAUGUGAUUGACCUGUGUCCCGUGGGAGCCCUGACAUCAAAGCCGUACUCUUUUGUGGCCCGGCCAUGGGAGACGCGCAAGGUAGAGAGCAUCGACAUAUUGGACGGCUUGGGCAGCAACAUCGUGCUCAGCACACGGACGGGUGACUUGCUUCGGGUGCUUCCACGGGGUAAUGAUGACAUCAACGAGGAGUGGAUCUCGGAUAAGACUCGUUUCGCCUGCGAUGGCCUUCGCCGCCAGCGCCUCACAACACCAAUGCUGCGAGACCAGCAGGGAGUGCUGCAGCCAUGCACCUGGCCAGAGGCGCUGUCAGCAGUGGGCAGCCGCCUUUCGUCUGCGGCUGCUGCUGCAUCUCCAGACGGCACAGGAGGCAUCGUGGCCGUGGCGGGUGCCCUGGCAGAUGCUGAAGCCCUGUUAGCGCUCAAGGACCUGCUGAACACAUUGGGCGCAGAAAUACUAUGCACAGAGGAGCGGUUCCCGGGACCAGCAGACAUUCGUGCAGACUACCUGUUCGGUGCGGGCCUAGCCGCUGUUGACGAAGCGGACCUGGUGCUGCUGCUGGGCGCCAACCCACGCUGGGAAGCUACAACGCUCAACGCACGCAUCCGCAAGAAUUGGCUGCACAACGAGCUUCAGGUGGCCGCUGUUGGCCCACCCAUUGACUUCACCUAUGAUUAUGAGCAGCUGGGUGACAGCCCUGCCACGUUGCAGGCCUUAGCAUCAGGAUCGCAUCCCUUCUGCAAGACUCUGUCACAGGCCCAGCGCCCCCUGGUGUUGGUCGGCAGCAUGCCGCUGCAGCGCUCCGACGGAGCGGCCGUGCUGUCACUGGCACGUCAGGUGGCUCGGCAGGCUAAGAGCGCCGAGCCUGGCUGGCGGGUGCUCAACGUGCUACAGCGGACAGCCAGCCAGGGAGCGGCCUUGGACCUGGGGUACCGGCCGGGUCCCGACAGCGCCCGCCAGGCCAAGCCAUCCCUGCUGUACCUGCUUGGUGCCGACGAGGGCGCCGUGACACGGCAAGACCUGCCUGCCAACUGCUUCAUUGUCUACCAGGGUCAUCACGGUGACCGAGGAGCUGAGUUGGCAGAUGCAGUGCUACCCGGUGCAGCCUACACAGAAAAGCAGGCCACUUAUGUGAACACGGAAGGGCGUGCUCAGCAAACACUGCCUGCUGUCACCCCUCCCGGCUUGGCUCGUGAGGAUUGGAAGGUUGUCCGUGCUCUGUCGGAAGUGGUAGGAGUGCCCCUGCCCUAUGACAGCCUGAGCGAGGUGCGAGGUCGCAUGAACGAGGUCGCACCACACCUGACACGUUACGGGGAGCGCCAGGAGCUGCUCGUUCCCGAGGACGAUGGCAGUGCUAAGGCUGGCAAAACGGAACUGUCUCUACAGGAACCCCUAAGGCCACAGCUGCUGGCACUGCGCGACUUCUACAUGACGGACGUCAUCAGCAGGGCGUCGCCCACCAUGGCACAGUGUGUGCAAGCCGUCGACCAGCAGGCCACCAGGCCCUACUGAGCCACUAGUGUGUGUUUGUACAUAGGAAUAAACGCUUGAAUAAAUGCCUUCUGUUGAA